CCAUGACCGAGUUCAAAGUCACGGUCGUACCUCUACGAGGUCAGUUGGUGCAAGAGUAUCUUCAGAAGUGGAGGAAUACUGUAUUAGAUUAAAUAUGGCAAAAUUAAAAUUCAUUAUUGUGUCUAUAAUUUUCUCAGUACACUCCUGCUUUGCCCAAAACCCACUGUAUUUCCUCAAGCAAUGUCAAAGAGACGACCCAAACAUCAACGUGUGUCUGAAGCAAUCCGCGAAUUUCCUCGUCGCCAAUAUGCGAAGAGGAAUUCCUGAGCUGGGAAUAACGGAACCAGAACCGAUCAUCAUUGACGAAAUUGGCAUCGCUUUAGGAAGCGGGCCUGAUGGAUAUAGGGCAUCGUUCCGAAACAUCCAUGCUUAUGGGGUCAGUAACAUCACCGUAACAGGCGUUAGGUCAGAUGUGGACAGUAACCAGUUCCAGUUCACCCUGUAUAUUCCCAAAAUUUCGGCAAGAGCCAACUACGAAUCAAGCGGGGUCCUGAUGCUUGUCCAGGCUUCAGGCGGUGGCGAAUAUUGGGGCGAAUAUGAGGGGAUUAAGUGUAAAGUGUACAUAAGGGCGAGUCCUCACAGGAUUGGCCAACGCGCUUUCCUCACUUUACAGCAAAUUAAAAUGGACUUUAGUGUGAAAAACAUAAGGAUGGGGGUGGAAAAUGUGCACAAUGGCAACAGUGUGAUACAGGCAGCUUUAAAUUUGUUCAUCAACUCCAACGCUCAGGAGCUCCUCAAAGAAAUGAAACCCGAUCUCAAGAAGAAACUGAUCGUUUUAAUGCGAAAUUUCGUGGAAAACCUCUUCGCCAAUAUCCCCUACGACGCUUGGAUCUCGUAAUUUAUUUGAUUAUUAUUGUGUUAAAAUAAGUUUGUAAUUUAAAAUAAUGAUUGUCUCCUGUAUAGUGAAUCUAAUAAUAUAGUGACAAGAUUUUUAGACUUUUGAUAA